UCAAGUCAUUCUUCAAUCAGUUUUUCUUAGUUUUGGUAUGGUUGCUUUUCUUGUUUGCUCAUUCACUCAGCUCAUUUCGUUCUCUCAAAUUCUCACUUCCACGAUCAUCGAUUCACUCGCUUCCACAUCGGGGUUUUGAAAGUUUUCCAAUUUUGCUUCUUGUUUGGUAAUUCUUAAAACUAUGUCUGCCACUCAAGUAGACGAGGGAGUUUCUUUGAAACUUCUGGUAAACAAAAAGACCAACAAAGUCAUACUUGCAGAAGCAGGGAAGGACUUUGUGGAUGUUCUAUUUAGCUUCUUAACAAUGCCUUUAGGAACUAUCGCCAGACUUGUGCAGAAGUCAGAUAUGGGACAGGUUGGAGUUGGUUGUUUAAGCUCGUUGUAUGGAAGUGUGACAAAUCUUCACGACUGUCUGUUGACAGUGACAUGCAAGGAAAUGCUGUUGCAACCGGGAAACUCAUCCGAAGAAUAUUGUAGGAGUAUAAAACUUAACAUUGAUGACGCUAAGCCCUCGAAGCAUUUCAUCUGUAUGAACUUCCCUAGAUGCAGCCAUUACCUUUUGAGCACUUUCAAAAAUCAAAGAUGUAAUUGUGGGAAUCUUUUGGCCCGUUUAGUUUCUGUCAAAAGUGGCAAAGUCUACAACGGAUUUGUAAAUGAUGUUGCUACUUUCAUUGUCACGGACGAUCUGGUUGUCAUUCCGAAUGCAAUGGAUACAAGCUUUGGUGUCUUACAGAAAUUUGGAGUAAAAAGCUUGAGUUCAGUACAGGAAAUGACAGUGAAUGUCACAAAGAACAAGGUACUGGAUCUGCUCAAAUGUUCUUUAAUGUCAAAGUCAACUUUGACAGAUUUGUUCUUAGUACAGAAACCAUUGCUCAAUAACUCAAAAUUUUCUCCUUCUAUUGUUGGAAACAGCACUCCUACGAAUGCAAUCCAAAUCAAAGUGAAAGUAGUUAUGAGAAAAUCAGAUGGCAAGGUAAUGUUUGCUCAAGGGGAUGAAGAAUUUGUAGACUUCCUUUUUAGUUUUCUAACCCUCCCAUUGGGAGGAGUUAUUCGGAUGUUGGAAGGAUAUUCUUCAAUUGGCAGCGUUGAUGGAUUGUACAAUAGCAUUAUUGGUAUAGAUGGAAACAAAUAUUUGACAGGAAAGGAAGUGCAGAACAGGCUUAUUAAUCCUGUCCUUGCCCCACAGUUUAAAUUGAGCAUGCAGAUGUUUCCAAUUAAUGAACAGGACUCAAAGUAUCAUUGUUAUUAUCGGUUUAGAGGAAAUGAGAGCAAUCCUGUCUAUAUAGCUGAUGUAGGCAAGAGUUACGAUAAGAAUAUUGAAGCUUGUCAAGUCCUUAGAUUAGUACCACUCAAGUCAUCUGCUGGAAUUCUCAAAGGUUAUGCCAAGGGUCCAGCAAUGUUUAUGGCUACUGAUGACUUGGUUGUGGAACGAAUGUCGCCCACUUCGGCUGUACUUUUACUCAACCGUUUAAAGACACAUCUUAAUGAUGUCGAGGAAAAGGUUGUCACCAUUGGCAUCAAGGAGGGUCUUGGCAUAUUGAAAGCAUCUUUAACCUCAAGAUCGGCCCUGACAAACGGUCUCAGCCACUUAUUGUUGUUACCUGAAGUUAUGGAGCAUAAAUGGUAUCGUUAACACGACUUUGUUGUAUAUGUGAAUGCAGCAGAACUUCUGAGAAGUUGUUCUUUAAUUUAUACUUUACUUUCUAAGGGAUUAGUCUCAUGGUUUUCCACUGAGAAUAUCUUUGCUUUCGGUAAAAAAUGUU